UGUGGUUGGUGACAAGAGAAAGGAAAAUGUCACAUCUACUACAUCUCCAGUCUUCACUUUCCAACCAGCAACUCUCGGGAAUCUUGCCGUUCCUCUGCCUGAUCUUCAAGAUGUGUCAGCUAAUGUACGUAAUGACAUCCAAUCAUAUCGUUAUUCCAUUCUGAUGUGGAAUGAAAAGAAUCAGUCAUUGCUGCCAACAGGUCUACAAGGCACUGGUUUACUGGCUAUGCAGUUUCCAGUUUUGUUAGAGAAUGUGACAUUUGGUUACUAUGUUGCUGUCAUUGAUGGUCUGAGAAACAACAGCACCAGUGACCAUGGUACUAGUGGCAAUGAUAAGUUAUCACCUUCAUACUCAUCAUCAAUGGUAGUAGCAAGCAGUGCUGUGAACUUAGACUUUAACUACACUGGCACCACACCAAGUAUCCCUGGAGUUACUGGUGUGUGGCGUAGCUAUGAAUCAACUGGUGAUAACACUAUCGACAUCUUAAAACCACCAUCACCACCAGCACCAUUAAUGGAUUCGUAUGAUGAAGUUGUGUUUGUCUUCAAGAAUCCAGUAUUGAAUCGUACAGUUGUGGUAGUGAAGAGUACAAAUGAUUCAAGAGUGCAAGUACCUGUUGAAGAGUUAGGUGGUAGUCCAAUUCAGUAUAACUUCACAUAUACUUACUCAACAGCUGCUGUGGCUGGUGACAAGAGAAAGGAAAAUGUCACAUCUACUACAUCUCCCAUCUUCACUUUCCAACCAGCAACACAUGGGAUACUGAACCUCCCUCUCCCUGACAUGGAACAGCUAGACCGGUCGUCGGUCCGGAAAUCUGUGCAGACAUUCAAGUACUCCUUGACGAGGUGGAACGGCACGUAUUUGGACAAGACAGGCCAUAGUGGCCAGGGUUUGCGACACGAUGACUUCCCAGUCCAGUUCACAAACACCCAAUUUGGCUAUUAUGUCGCAAGUGUAGAGGGCGUGUCAUCGGAGAAUGCCACGGUUAUCCGUGCUACCUUUGGCCUGGACUUCAACUAUACGGACGUUGAGAUCCCUGCGAUUCCUGGCACAUGUGCCGGCGAUAGCCUUCCUGAGUGGUUGGUGAUCGGAAAUGACGCAUCUACUGGCCAGUUCUCCUUGCCUAACCCCACCUGUACUGUGCCUGCAGGAACUAAGGAUAGUAACACUAGCGUUGGCAAUGGUUACAGUGGUGCAGGUAACACGCGUCCCUAUGACAGCAUUCGCAUUAGAUUUACCGACCCAGACACCAACAGGAGUGUGACAGUGGUCGUGCCGAUCUCCAACCGCUCCGUUCCGAUUCCGGCAGAGUUUGUGCCGGGACGGGUAAGCAUAGACUUCCAGUAUGUCAACUCCUCGUCCGCUGGCAACGUGACAAGCCCCUGGUCACCUCACUAUGUCAUAACCACUACAAACUCAGUGACAGUCACACCGCAUACAUCACCUGCAACAUCUAGCACUGCUGGUGGCGAGGAGGAGGGUAAUCCUGCUUCUGCUACUGACAACAGCUCCAGGGUCGUGCUCACUAGCAUUGGCGCCGUGGCGGUCCUGCUGCUAGCCGUGGCUGCCCUGGUCGUCAAGCAGCGCAUGAAUAAGAGGGCCGAAGAAAAACGUGCCAUCAACCUUAUGACGCGCAAAACUGGAAACGACAAGACAGACCGGGAAAAUGAGUACUUUGAUGACGGCAUGCGACACGAAAUGAACGACCUGUUUGGUAGCCCCGACCCCAACUCAAUGGCAGACACUGACCCGGACGCUACUGAUGAGCGUAGAACUGCAAUCGAUGACAGAGAGAGCUCGUCAGUGAGCAGUCAGUCUCCUGAAAACCGUACCGGUCACAAAUUGGCAAGAUACGCAGCCAACUGCUACGAGAACGCCAGGCCUCGCCUCACUCAGCGGACUGCAAGCUGCUCAUCCGAGCUGGAUCUGGGCGAUGUGGAGGCCGACCCAACUGCUGAUGCACGCGAUGGAAAUGGACUGGCCUCCAAGCCCACCGGCGCCAGCAGCCAAGGAAACAAGGGUAAGCCUCGCAAGAAGGACCAGAAUACACUGCGCAAGGCAGCUGCCUUCCUCAACAUGAUGCGAUCCGGCAGCAACAACAACACAAGCACCACUGAGGAUGCCAUUGAUGAUGACCGAGAUGUAGCUAGUACCCUGGACAAUGAGGGGGAGGGGCAGUUUAGUCUGGGCAUGGAUGGAAUGCGUUCGGACACAUUCUCUACUAUGGAGGAAUAUGACCCGGUGUCAGGUUUUGAAGCAGAAGAGUACUCGGACUAUGGCGAUGUCCUUGAUAUGCUCCACGGUGCCGACCCCAGAGAGUCCAGCACGGACAUUGCGGACUACGACCUCUUCCAGCGUCCACACACUGGUGGCUCCGUGAGUCCUCAGCCAUCUCUCACUGACAGCAACACAUACAGCACGGCGUCUGGUUGUGAUCAUCUCGCCGCACUCUAUGAUGAACUGUCACAAACCUGGAUCUGCCAGGACUGCUUUGCCGAUCCGGACACGCGGAAGGAGAUCAAUGAGGGUGCCUAUGCCUGUGUGCACAAGAAGCGUAUUCCCAACCCACACUACACCAAUGCGGGAGACGAUCGUGGACUAGACGCCGACUCCGUGCCUGCAUUCGGCAGUGACGGCAAAGAGUAUGUGUACACGAGCGUGAAGAACAACUAUUUAGACUUCCAGGCGCCAAAGUCCUCACAAGGCCCGGAUUGGCCGUCCAAUCCAAGGAACGAGUGUCACUCCAACCCGCCUGCUCACAGCCGCCUCACCUUGCUACCAGGCGCUCAUCAGCCAGCUCCUGGUACCCAGGUAGAGGAUUUCAUGAGCCACGGUGCAGACUUUGUCGGUAUGAGCGACAACGAGAAACCCUACAGUGACCCGUACGAUCAUACAGUGUCUGCACCCGAUCCAGACUCUCCCUACUCGAAUGCCAACCCACUAGCCAGUAGACUACGUAAAAAGCGUAACGAAGAUCUGCCAGGUGACAGUACUCUUAUCCAGUCUCCUGACGAGUACGUUCAGUUUGCUCCAGGGCCGAAUGGUGCUCUGCAACCCGUCAUGCCCUCCACCCCCACCGCCGCCGCAGCAGCAGCAGCAGCAGCAACAGCUGAGCAGCAACAGCGGAAAACUGGGGCACGGAAUCCGAAAAGAUCCGUAUUGCCAGGACGACCGCUGUCCGCCCUGGAGAACGAUGCCGACUCUGCUCCCGCCACGCACGGAACGAGCUCCACUUAUUCGAAUCGCUAUGUGCACAUACGCACGCCCACUCACUCGAUCACUGCCGCUGCUGCCUCAUCCACUGCUCAAACAGGCACUGACGGGCAGCACGACAAACAAAGCAGGACAAGCGAUGGCAACACCAGCUCGAGCGUACAACCUAGCUCAAUCCUGGAAGCACCACCGAUCUGUGGAAUAGAUCCCAAGCCAACAGCAGUGGCUAACAAUACCGAUGCCAACACCAACAACAACAGCAGCAGCAAAAACAACAGAAGCAGCAACAUGCCAACAAAGCAGACCACUACUGGCAAUGAGGAUAAAAACAAUACCAGCAACGAGCCACUCGUGUGGAAUCCUCCAACUUCAGAGCCUACUGAUCUGGAUGCUGACAACACGGCAGUCGAUCAACAACAGCCGCAACGGCAAAGCUUUGACAGAACUCAAGCGGCGCAUUACCAGAACGAUCGGCAAAAUAAUGGCCGUCCCAGCGUUACUUACGAAGAGGCUGGCCUCUGGCACGAGCUAGGAGAAAACGGUCACAUCACCAGGGACGAUGGAGGUCUACCAGAGGCAAAUGGCGAGACACUCCAGGUACUUGAUGAAGUCCUGGCUGACCUGACGGAGGAACGUUGGCAAGGAGGGUCCGCAACUGGUAAAGAUAUCUCGCGAGAUUCCAGGUCAAAGCGUUCAAUCCUUGGCAAACGAAAAGGUAAGGGCCCCAAGCAGCCCGCACAGAAGGACCUUCGUGAAUGGCAAGCUGACUAUGACGAGGGAGGUGAUGACUACAUUCUGUUCCCAAACACGGAUGCACCUACGGUGGAGGACCGGUCCAAGCUCCAGCAGUUCAAGCGUGUGAUCUCUUCGCGCAAGAACGGAGGCGGGGUAGGCAGUCAUAAGGUGGCGCCAGUCUCACACAGUGCCAUGGCGGGUAGUGACAGUGACAGUAGCGAGUGCAAUGCCAUGGGUCCCGACGGUGGCCUAGGCCGGGCCGACCACGCUAUGUUUACGUUCAAUGACACCGUUAAUGACGUUGACCUGCAUGGCCACAUGGCGGAGGAGGCAGACGCUGGAAGCCACUUCACCAACAAGAGAAUCGCUCAUCUGAGGAAGUCGGAGCGUAAGCAGGUGCGACGAGUAAAGUCAAUCAAUGACAUAUCUAGCAAGCCCAGCAUUGCUACGGCUGGUUCAGUAGACAGCAUUGUUGACGACAUUCUGGUAGAGCGUUACGAUGUAUUCAGUGAGGAUCGUCUCCGCCAGCCGGGAUCCAAUGCUGAUAAUGAGAACGAAGAGGAGGGUGAUUAUGAGAUGUUCCCGGCAGAUAUGUUGAAACGCUUCAUGCCCAAUGCGCAGGAGGCUGAGAUUCGCAAAUCGGAGUCAGCCGCCGAUGUCUUCGGCCGUGGAAUACUGGGGAAGCGUGCCAGCAGCGAAGACAACGGCUUUGAGUAUGGUAUGCCGAACAAUGGCGUACCGUCCUUCAUUCCAGCCAGCAGUGGUGACGCGGCCGACGCGUACGAUGACACUCUAGCCUUCCCAAUUGCUGCUGGUGCCUCUCUUCCUGGGAAUGCACGGUUGGCGGAAUACGAGAGUGCUGCGAAUAUCGCCGCUCCUUCCGCGGAGAAGAAGGCCAGGAGCGAUCGUUUCUGGCCUGCGGGCUACGACGACGUGGUUGCAGCCCAGCCCAAGGACAAGACGGGCAAGAAAGGACAGAAGGAGCAACGUGAGUCCAUCGACAUGAUGGACGAAGACUUGGAGGAUGAUGACGACCUGCAUUGUAUUAUUCCCACGGCAGCCGCAAGAUCCGUCUUCAUCAGCGCCGCGCAGAAGACGGAGCCGGGAAUAACGGCGGCUGAAGCCAUCGAGCGCGAAAACCCGUACGCCCUGACCACGAACCUUGAGAAGACUGAGAACACGUCACUGAUCAAGCAGGCCGAGUAUCGCAUUGUCAGCAAGAUGAGUCUGCGUAAGAAGAAGGGCAAGAAGGCGGAUGUGUAAGCACUGUGCCACACAACACUGACACCCGGACACUGGUCAGAGUGUGCGGUGGCAGGAGUAUGGGAAUCAAGCCAGCCACUGCCCUCAGACCAAUCCGUGCAGUAUAGGUAAAUAUAGGAUAGCGCUGAAAGCAGGAAUUGAUGCUUACCAUAAUGCCAGCACUGUGACCUUUUAAUUAAAUAAAUUCAACACCCGCCUUUUAUGCGGAGGCUCGUCUGUUUGCCAGCCAAGGCCGGAGAUUGGGAAGACACCAGAGCAGCUGCUUUCCACGCUGCUUGCCAUGAGUAUAAUGUAAUUUGUUUAAUUUAAAAUGCGCUGCCUUCGCCUGCCAUCCACUAGCCACAAGUAAAGGGCUUCACUGCGUCUUUAUAAUACCGCUCAUGCUGUAACCAUAAUUAGACUAUAGUGCGGAAUAGUCAAUUUCUCACCACGUCUGGAAAGAAAUUUUAAAAGAAAGUUUUAUAUUAUCAUUUCCAUGGAAAUUGCUCUGUUGCUCCCACACGUAUUGUAGCAUAAUUAUCAAAAACCAGUGGAAUCGUGAGUGGUUCGGAUGAUCUCCUCUCUUUCUCACUCCUGUGCGCGGCCCUUGGAAGGUCAGGGUCAUCAACAUUCUGGUUUACAGUGCUAUUGUCUGAUGCCACCAUUCUUGUCCAUUACCUGUUUGAGCCGGUCAGCAUGAGGCUAUGCAGACUUCUCUAUUCUCAGUAGACACCUCUUUUCUGGUCUGGUUGAUUGUUAUGUUUUGCAUUUCUGGGUCUGCUGCUGCUGCUGCUACCACUGUACACAAUCAUGUACUCUUGG